CUCUUUCUUCUUGAUUCAGAGCUGUCUCCAUGUACCUUCCAUGAACAGAUCGGCCCCAGAGGACCCAGCGCCCCAACGCCACACUCAACGCUGUCUCUCUGCAGUUGAAUCCAGGGAGCAGGUGGAGGAAGAGGAGGGUGAGGAGAGGAAGAAGGAAGACCGGGAAGACUGUGAUGGCCUUCAUGCCUCACCCCUUAGAAGGUCUGGGGCUUUCCGUGCCCAUAGCUACACCAAUGAUUCCUUCAAAAGACACAGUUGGGGGCCUGGCAAGGAGUUCCAGGACCCAGUGAGCUGGAGGAGACUGCAGUCAUCGGAAUGCUCAAGUUCCGAGGAAGACCCCUUUCUGCAGAGCCACGAGGAACUGGACACCUUUCUGGGAGCACAGCAUCAGCAUCAGCAGCAGGGUGGCCAACCCUCCCCACUCGCUGCUGAGUCUCUCUGUGCCCGGGCCUGGCUCUGGCUCCAUCUGGGCCCAUCUGAAUCUGUCUUCUGUGACCCUCUGUCUGCUUCCCUGAGUCUGACGCGCUGUCCCCGACGCUGGCUUCAGAGCUUGGGCUCCCAAUCUUUCUGUCUCUUACAGAAAGUGACCCGCUCAGCUGUGUUGAAGCGCCAUGGGGUUCAGGAGUGCAUUCUGCUGGUGACUCAGCGGAUCACCAAAUAUCCAGUGCUCAUCAACCGGAUCCUCCAGCAUUCUCACGGGAUUGAGGAAGAACACCAAGACCUGACCGCAGCGCUAGGCCUGGUGAAGGAGCUGCUGUCCAAUGUGGACCAGGAUGUGCACGAGCUGGAGAAAGGGGCCCGCCUGCAGGAGAUCUACAACCGAAUGGACCCUCGGGCCCAGACCCCUGUGCCUGGCAAGGGCCCUUUCGGCCGAGAGGAGCUUCUGCGGCGAAAACUCAUCCACGAUGGCUGCCUGCUCUGGAAGACAGCCACAGGUCGCUUCAAAGAUGUGCUGAUGCUGCUGAUGACAGAUGUGCUAGUGUUUCUCCAGGAAAAGGACCAGAAGUACAUCUUUCCUGCCCUGGACAAGCCUUCGGUGGUAUCCUUACAGAAUCUGAUCGUAAGAGACAUUGCCAACCAGGCGAAAGGGAUGUUUUUGAUUAGUGCCGCCCCGCCCGAGAUGUAUGAGGUGCACACAGCGUCCCGAGAUGACCGUAGUACCUGGAUUCGUGUCAUUCAGCAGAGCGUGCGCGUAUGCCCCUCUAGGGAAGACUUCCCUCUGAUCGAGACGGAGGAUGAGGCCUACCUCCGGAGGAUUAAGAUGGAGCUUCAGCAGAAGGACCGGGCGCUGGUGGAGCUGCUACAGGAGAAGGUUGGGCUGUUUGCUGAGAUGACCCACUUCCAGGCAGAAGAGGAUGGUGUUAGUGGGAUGCCCCUGCCCGCCCUGCCCAGGGGCCUUUUCCGUUCUGAGUCCCUUGAGUCCCCUCGAGGCGAGCGGCUGUUACGAGAUGCCAUCCGAGAAGUGGAAAGUCUGAAAGACUUACUGGUGGGGCCUGGUGCUGACCUGCUUUUGACACCCCGAGAACCAGCUUUACCUUUGGAAUCUGACGGUGGUAACACCAGUCCUGGGGUCACUGCCAAUGGAGAGGCCAGAACCUUCAAUGGCUCCAUCGAGCUCUGUAGAGCAGACUCAGAUUCCAGCCAGAAGGAUCGGAACGGAAAUCAGUUGAGGUCACCCCAGGAGGAGGCCUUACAGCGAUUGGUCAAUCUCUAUGGACUUCUACAUGGCCUUCAGGCUGCUGUGGCCCAGCAGGACACUUUGAUGGAAGCCCGAUUCCCCGAGGGUCCUGAACGGUGGGAAAAGCUAUCCCGAGCCAACUCUCGGGACGGUGACGCCGGCCACGCCGGCCGGGCUGUGGCUGCUCCUGUGGCUCCCGAGAAGCAGGCCACAGAGCUGGCGCUGCUGCAGCGGCAACACACCCUGCUCCAGGAAGAGCUGCGGCGCUGCCGGCGCCUGGGUGAGGAGAGGGCCACUGAAGCCGGCAGCCUGGAGGCGCGCCUCCGAGAGAGCGAGCAAGCCCGGGCCCUCCUGGAGCGGGAGGCUGAAGAGGCCCGGCGACAGCUGGCAGCCCUGGGCCAAAGUGAGCCACUUCCAGCCGAGGCCCCCUGGGCACGCAGGCCUCUGGACCCUCGGCGCCGCAGCCUUCCAGCAGGCGACGCUCUCUAUUUGAGCUUCAAUCCCCCUCAGCCCAGUCGAGGCCAUGACCGCCUGGAUUUGCCUGUGACUGUUCGUUCCCUCCACCGACCCUUCGAAGACCGAGAGAGGCAGGAGCUUGGUAGCCCCGAGGAGCGGCUGCAGGACAGCAGUGACCCUGACACUGGCAGUGAGGAGGAAGGCAGUAGCCGCUUGUCUCCACCCCACAGUCCACGAGACUUCACCCGAAUGCAGGACAUCCCCGAGGAGACAGAAAGCCGAGACGGCGAGCCUAUGGCUUCAGACAGCUAAGGGGACCCCGCCCCCUUCCUGGUGCCCCACUGAAGAAGAGUAAAGGGGGCAAACCUUGGGAACUCCAUCUGCCAAUAAUGAGGGAAUCUUGAAAGAACUGCUGACUGUCCUUACCAGCUCCUGGGAUCCUUGGAUACCUGGGGCCACGUGGGACUGGGGAUUUAGAGGCCACAGCACCCCUGGUGGCAUCCAAGAGCUACACCACAGAUGCCAAUUUUUCAUGCCUUCUUCCCUCUACUUAGGAAAAAUUAUUUAUUUAUUGUUUAUUGGUUGUGGGGGGAGGGUGAGAUUUUUAAGGACCAGGGACAUGGGAACCAAGCCAUAGGGACCAGAGGGCCCUUCCUUCAGCACCACUGGGGUAUGCUUAGGCUCAGCCACACCGCUGUUGGCUCCAGCCUGACACCCACUCCAGCGACACCCGUCUGUGGCCACAGAACCUACUGCCCUUUGAGGAGGGCUGUGGGUAGGAUCGUGUCCCUUGCCCCACUCUCCUCAGCCUCCUCCUGCUGUUCUUCCUUCUCUUCAUCCUCCAUGGAAACUGGCUCCUUGGAGUUGAUGGAGCGGAGGCUAGGGUGGCCAUGAUGUAUUGGGGUAGGGGAGGAAAAACCCACAGGGACCAGAAUGUUUUGUUUCUGUUUUCUUUUCUUUUUUGUACCAAAGCCAACUGCACGUGUUUUAUAUUUUUAAAAGAAGAUUGUAGGCA